AUGGACUCCCGCGCAGCUUCCCCCCCACAGGCGCCAGGUGGUGGCCCGGCUGCUGAGCAGGCGGCUUCGGGAGAAGGGGAGCGCCGCGGAGAGAGGGCGCCGGGCCUGUGCCUGGGGCCUCCCCGGGCUUGGGGGCUCCCGGGCCGCCGUGGGAAUGCGGACACUGGAGAGGGCCCCAGGGAGGCCCCGCGGGGACCAGCUGCUUCUGAGAAAACCGGGGGGCAGGGCGGCCAGGAGGACGGCGCGUCCGGGUCGGGCGUCGUCCUGAACUCGGGCUCCGGGACCAGGCGGCCGUAUCGGUGCGGCGCCUGCGAGCGGAGCUUCCGGUGCUACUCGGACGCCGUCAAACACCGGAGCAUCCACUGCGGGGAGAAGCCCUACGCCUGCGGCGACUGCGGGAAAGCCUUCAUCCACAGCUCGCACGUGGUCCGGCACCAGCGCGUGCACAGCGGGGAGCGGCCCUACGUGUGCGGGGAGUGCGGGAAAGCCUUCAGCCAGAGCUUCAACCUCGUGCGGCACCAGCGAGUGCACACGGGAGAGAGACCCUACGCGUGCGCCGAGUGCGGCCGCACCUUCAGCCAGAGGUCCGACGCCGAGAAGCACCGGCGGAUCCACACGGGGGAGAGGCUGUUCGAGUGCGGGGCGUGCGGGAAGGCCUUCGUCCACGGCUCCAACGCCGCCCGGCACCGGAGGACGCACCACGGCGAGAGCCCCUACGCCUGCCGGGAGUGCGGCCAGGCCUUCAGCCAGAGCGCCAACCUCCUCCAGCACCAGCGGGUGCACACGGGCGAGAAGCCCUUCGCCUGCCAGGAGUGCGGGCGCGCCUUCAGCCGCAGCGCCUUCCUCCGGGAGCACCGGCGCAUCCACACCGGCGAGAAGCCCUACGCGUGCGGCGAGUGCGGCCGCGCCUUCCGGGCCCUGUCGGGCUUCUUCCGGCACCAGCGGGUGCACACGGGCGAGAAGCCCUUCCGCUGCACCGAGUGCGGCCGCGCCUUCCGCCUGAGCUUCCACCUCAUCCAGCACCGGAGGGUCCACAGCCGGGAGUGA